AUGAAACCUGUUGGUGUUCCAGUUAAUACAAAAGGAGAUAAAACAGAAAACAGAGUAUUGGUUUUUUCACCUUGCAGACUUUUCGUUCUUACGGCUAAAAUUCCUACUAGAAUUGAUUUUCAUUUCCAUUAUUUGGAAAUCAGUGCAAUUGAAAGCAAAAAGCCCAACAGGCUUUGCUUGACAGUGCACGAUAAAGCUUAUUCAUUUCUGGUAACUCCGGAAUCGGGACAAGAAGAAGAUGAAUGCGUGGAAGAAAUAGAUUCUAUGGUAUUAGCACUUGCUACUGCUAUUAGAAACAUAUUUCCCACUGUUCCAUUACAGUAUAUUAUUCCUAGAAUUGAUAUUAUCCCUUCCAAAAGAUUUGAACACAUAAAAAAAUGGGAGAUUCGUAAUAGCGAUUCUCACACAUUGGGGGCUUGUGGGGGUUUUAGUACUCAAUAUGCUUGUAUGUGUGAUUACCAUGGUGCACCUUACAGGGAUGAAGUAGCAUGGGAUAUUGAUACCAUUUACUUGUGUCAGGGAAGCAAAGAGUUGUGUUUAAAAGAUUUUGAUCAUUUAGAUCCAAAAGAUUUAGUGCCAAUAAUCAGUGCAUUAGAAUAUAACACUUGGUUUAAAAAAGUAAGAGUUAGUCAUAUAAGAUUAACACAUGAAUCAAUUGAUCGACUUCUUCACGUUAUGAAAAAAUCCCUUAGCAUAGAAGAAUUAUAUUUAGAUAAUAUUAAUGCGAAAGCAGAUUUUGCACAUAAACUUUCUCUAAGUUUAAUAUCGAAUAGUAAAACUCCAUUGCAUACUUUAGAUCUCAGCAGUAAUGUAAUUGAAGAUAAAGGAGCAGCACAUUUAAGUAUGUCAUGCUCUAAACUUCCAAAGGGCCUGGUACAUCUAAAUCUAUCACACUGCGGUUUGUCUUCGAAAGGAGUUAAUCAACUUGCUCAUUCUUUUAAUAUUAAUAAAGCAAUAUCUUCCACAUUGUCUCAUUUAAAUUUAUCCAAUAACAACCUCAAAGAAGAAAUAAAUAAUUUAUGUAAUUUCCUUGCACAACCCAACGUUUUAACUCAUUUAGAUAUUUCAAACACGGAUUUUGUAUUGGAAUCAUUAUUUGGAGCCUUGCUGCGAGGAUGCGCCACGAAUUUAGUACAUUUAAACGUUUCAAAAAAUUAUUUCAAUAUGAAAAAGAACAAAGAAGUUCUUCCCUCAUUUAAACAAUUUUUCACAAGUACACUUAGUUUAAAAUAUUUAAAUAUGUCUAAUUGCAAAUUGCCUCUGGAAGCUUUAAAGCAUUUACUAUUAGGACUUGCGUGUAAUGAAUCAACGGCAGAAAUUUUUUUGGAUAUUAGUUGUAAUAAUUUAGGAGCUCAAGGUGCUCACGUAUUAGAAUCUUGUAUUCACGGAGUACGAUGUAUAUCUAGUCUCGACAUCAGCGAAAACAAUAUGGAUGUCGAAUUAGCGUUGGUAAUAUCAGCAGUUGGUAAAAACAAAUCAAUUAAACAUUUACACAUGGGUAGAAAUUUAUUAAACAUGAAAGCAAAGCAUGUAUCUACUGUCAUGGAGGCUGUUGUUCAAUUAGUUCAAGAAGAAGACUGCGUAUUACAAAGUUUAAUGCUUCCGGAUUGUCGACUGAAAUCCGAUCUACAUAAUUUAAUAAACGCUUUGGGUAGCAAUCAAUGCUUGCAAACAAUCGAUAUCAGCGGAAAUAAUAUGGGCGAUCCUGGAGCAAGACUUUUAGCAAAAGCUUUGCAGAUUAAUAGCAAAAUAAGAACAAUUUACUACGAUAAAAAUAACAUUACUCUGCAAGGAUAUUGCGAUUUGGCGUAUGCUUUGGAAAGUAAUUUUACCGUGCGUUACAUGCCUUUUCCAAUUCACGACAUUGUACCGUGUAUAAAAACUUCCGCCGAAAGAACCGAUGCCGUUAUUAAAAAAAUUCAACAGUUGCUUUAUAGGAACGUGACACCUAAAAAAUAUAAAAACGGACAAGCAUUUCGAUUGCAACAAGGAUUUUUGCUUAGUUCCACGCAGCAAAUGGUUGACAAACUCGUUGUUCAAACUCAUGAUACAAUAAAAGCUCUAGCUGCUGAAUCUGUGGCUCGUAACAACGAAAUUAACAGUGCAACGGCUUUGAUCCAAGAUGCCGACAAUUCAAAACAGUUGUUAACAAGGCUUCACGAUGUUAUAUUAAGGCGAGAAGAAAGUGGAAAUCCGGUAGAUUUGAAACUCAGGAGCGUAUCUCAGGAACUUCAUUCUGUAAUAGUAAACUUUCUUCAGGGUACUCUAGAGAGCAUGAUCAAAUGCGUGGAAGAAGAAUGUCCAAACAUUGCGAGUUACGAAGAAGUAACGAAUGAUAUAAGAAAAGCUUGCAAUGAAAAAAUUUACAUUCCUCUGGAAUUUGUCGAGUCUUGUAUUAUGGAUCAAGCUGGAACGGAUAUUAUGAACAAAACAAAUGAACUCAACCUUGCGGCUGCUGCACACGUAUCAGAUAAAAUCACGGAUGAAGUUAUUAAUCAAUUGUCGAAAAAUUAUAAAACAUUGGUACGCCGAAAAAGAUCAUCUACUCCUGAUGUUUUAAGAAGUGGUUCUAGACUAAGCUCAAAUGAAGAUAGCGAAAGUUGUUCUUUUGUAGAUACCGUUAGUCAAAUGUCGGAUCAAUCUCCUUUGGCAACUCCUCAUCUUUCCAGCAAGAAAAAAAGUUUACACGGUAGAAAGCUUCGACCAAAGAGCGUCGUGGAUUCCGUUGAGGGCCUUUCGGCGGAUCACAUUCCCGAUUUAUUACCCACGAUACCCAAAUCAGCAGAAGAAAGUUUGGAUUCCGUUGCGGAGUUGCCAACUCAACAACUUCAACAUCUGGUGAAAGGCAGACCGAAAAGAGCCAAAACGAGACAACCGACGAGACCAAUGUUAAAAACUUCAGAUAUCGUUGAAAAAGCAGAAGAUUUGGAUUCUGGUUUGGAUACAUUUUUUAGACCCGGUAGCGUCACUCCCACAACUCCUCUGGUAUCUCCCACAUCGGAUGAAAGCGAGAAAACUUUUCCAUGCCAAAGUCCGACGUAUAAUAAAAACGAAACAAAAAGUCAAAAAUUGUCACCGUUAUUGAAACCAUUCACGGCUCCAAGAUCCAGAUCGAACGAUAAUAUUACGGAAAAACAAUUGACGUUGGAAAAAUCUCCGGUGGUUCAACACAAACCCACAGGAGUAGGACCAUCACCAUCAACGAAACAUUUUGCCAAAGAUGAUGCUUUUGCGGAAACGAAAUUAGAAACGGAUUCAGGAGGAUGGAGGACUCAACAAUUGUUGGACAAUAGUAGCAAUAGUAGUAAUAGUAGUAGUGGUGGGAAAAAACAAAUAUUAUUAGAUGAAAAUAGAAAAUUAAAAACAUCACCCGUGAUAGGAAAACACGAUUAUUUAGGAGGGGAUGAAAGCGGUCGGGAAAUUCCAAAAUCUCCAAUAUUUAAAUCAGUAAUCAAAGACAACAAUGAGAAUAAAACGACUGAGGCAGGUAAAACAAGAUUCUAG